AUGGUUUAUGAAGAGGGGAUGGUGAUGCCGCAGGAUAUCUGGGAUGAGGUUGAUAAAAAUAACGAGGUUUUGCAUGAUGUAAGGGGUGGACAAGAGCGCGUGACGACGACAGGUUCGACGACGGGUUCGGUGGAGGAAGCGAAGACAUCGAUAGCAGUUGGAACUUUGGUGGCUAUGAGUUCAUCGAAAAUAUCGGCGCCUUUACCAACACCAACGUACACGCCGCAUGUACCAAGUCAGGAUAAAGAAAUACCAUCCACGGAUGCUGGGCCAUCCAAAUACCAGGCGGCAGAAAAUGAGGCCUCGGAAUCAAGACCGCAUUACUCAUCCGAACAGACAGAAAAUCCGGACUCAGAGAAUAACAAACAACAGAACAUCCCGCCUGAAGAAGUCCAAAAAAACCAAGACUUUAAUCCGAUGAUUAAAGACAAUUUUCCAAUCGCAAUGAAUGCUCGCUCAGCCGCCGAUUUACCUCCAAUACCCCCCUGGAACAAUCCUCCAACCCCUCACGUGAAAGAGAAGACACCUCUUUUCAUCGCCUUUACUCGAAAUUGGCCCUUAUUGCAGCAAACAGUCGUGUCGUGGAUAACUUCCGGUUGGCCAGCCGAGGAUAUUUAUAUUGUUGAAAAUACCGGUACCAUGAGAUCUAAUGAAUUUGGCCGACUUUCUCUCCAGAAUCCGUUUUUCCUAAAUCACACUCGAUUGCAUAUGUUAGGAGUAAAUGUCAUCAUUACACCUACCCUCUAUACCUUUGCCCAAUUACAGAAUUUCUUCCUCUGGACCGCCAUCGAAAAGGAUCUCGAUACUUAUUUCUGGGGUCAUAUGGAUAUCAUCCCUAUCACGUUCGAGGAAGAAACUUUUGCGUCGAAUCAAUACGCCGGGCAUCGAACCAUCUAUCAACAUGCUGUUGAGGUUCUCCGAUCAGCACAGUCACCUCACCCGGAUCCCAAUGCUUCCGAUCCAAGUAAACCAUGGGCCAUGCGAUUCUUUGCUUUCGACUACUUAACAUUGGUUAACCGAGCGGCUUUUGAAUCGAUUGGUGGAUUCGACACUACGAUUCCUUUUUAUCAUACGGAUUGCGAUAUGUAUGAUCGAUUAGUUAUGGCUGGAUAUGAAAUGAACGAGCCUCGUUAUCUGAUGACAACAGUUGGGAAUGAUUUUGACGGGUUAGACAGAGCUGGUAGUGGAUACAUCUUUGAUGUCGCAAACAGCAUUGACGAUUUAAUCGUCCUAUACCGAAAGAAAAACACCGUUGCAGCCAGUUUCACAGACCAGACUCGACCUGAAGAUAUCGAAGCAGUGCGCAAACAUAACGAAGAACAGCUAGAGAUAGAACAGCAGGCCCAGUAUGAAGAGGAAGCUCGAUAUAAAGCCGAAGCGAACCAAAAGCAGGCUGCAAUUGAUGACGACAAUGCACAAGCCUAUGCGAAAGCGAUGCAAGAACAAGCUAUACUUGACAAUAAGGCUGAAGAGAUCGAGAAACAGGUAGAAGAAAAGCCUCAGAAUGUGGGAAAUGCUAUGGAUUAUCCAAAUACCAAUGCCGAUUCUAGCGAAGGAUAUGGAGGUAGCAAUGAGGAAAUUCGGCAGGUUGCGGAGAAACAACAAGAAUUGCGACAAGCAAACGAUAUGGAGGAGAAAGAAUGGAAUCCCGUGGUUGCGAACGAUCCUUAUCAAUCUGAUUCUUCGAUCACUUCAUCCCAAGCAGGUGAGUAUAAAAAGCGAGAUCUGACUUCCUCGGGCUCGACAAAUCCCCAAUUUAAAUCGCUCGAGGAACUUCACAAAGACGCCAGCUUAAACGCCGGCCUUAAGGAACCAAUCAUGCCAUCCACAUCCACAGCCACAACCACACUCUUAAACUCUGACACCGACUCCGACUCCGACUUCGAUUCAAAUUCAUCUCCCAACACCAACUCCAACUCCAACACCCAAUGGAUAACCGACACCCCUAAUUCCCCCGCCUAUACGCAACUCCUGCAAGUCGCCGACGACAUGGUACGCGCCAAGUAUUCUCUCGGCGGCGAGGGUCGAAAUACAUGGCAACAUCAGCAAUCUGGAGGACAGGGGGAGCCAUAUUAUCGGAAUGCGGAUGGAUUUGAGAAGGCGAUUCAGAUGACGAUUACGUUGGGGAGAGCGGUUUAUUUGGAGAAAUGGGGGACGUUGGAGUGUGGGUUGAUUGGGAGUGGGGUGACGAUGGAGGAUGAGUGGAGGGUUCGGGAGUGGAGUGGGCUGUAG